AUGCCCACUCCGUCGCAGACAUCAGCAGUCGACUCGAAACCAGUAAUAAAUGAUAAUCCCGCCCUUCAGAGCCUUUACAAGUCGUUUGAGUCACGAAUUGGCUAUUGGCUUCUCUUGGGGAAUACUCGCCACUUUGGUUACUGGGAGAAGGACACGUACUGGGUAUUUCCCCUAAGUGGCCCUUUGCGGAGGAUGGAGGAGAAGAUGUACAGGCUCCUUGACGUUGCGCCGGGCUCGCAAGUCUUGGAUGCCGGCUGUGGAGUUGGGCAUGUUGCUCUCUACAUGGCAAAUCACGGCUUGCGUGUGACUGCCAUCGAUGUCCUGGAUCACCAUCUUGCCAAAGCGAAGCGUAAUGUUGCUCGAUCUGGCGAUCUUGGUUCUCUCGUAUCGGUCAACAAGAUGGACUACCAUCACCUUGAAACAUUACAAUCUGGGAGUUAUGAUGGAGUCUAUACGAUGGAAACUCUCGUCCAUGCGACAGAUCCACUAGAGGUUUUAAAGGGCUUCUACCGCAUCCUCCGACCUGGAGGUCACAUCGCUAUGCAUGAAUACGACCAUGACUAUGAAUCCGACGAAGCUAUUGGGAAGACACUGGCCAAACUAAUGAGGGAGGUCAGUGAGUAUGGUGCCAUGCCUACGUGGCAGCGCGCUAAGCGUGGGUACUACAAACAGCUGCUUGAAGAAGCUGGCUUUGUAGAUGUUAAAGAGCAUGACUACUCCGAAAAUGUCCGUCCAAUGCUGCGACUAUUUUGGCUUUUGGCAGCUAUUCCAUACUAUAUCAUCGUUUUCUUUCGUCUCGAAAAGUACUUUGUCAAUGCAAUUGGUGGUGCGCGUGGAUAUUAUGCGCAAAAGUACUGGAGAUAUGUUGCCAUCAGUGCUAAGAAACCCACGAUUGGAGGGGACGACUCGACAAAGAGCUAA